AUGGAUAAUCGUAAAGCCUUAAAGAGGGUUCUAAAACCGGCGAUUGAAAAGAAGAGGCGAGAUAGGAUAAAUCAAGGCUUGAAUGAGCUAAGGACUAUUCUGCUAAGCAAAACUUCUGACAUGCGGCUGAAAAAUCCAAAAUUAGAAAAAGCUGAAAUUUUAGAGUUGACCGUCGAUUACAUACGAAGAAAAUCAAAUGGAAAUGACAGCAAAGCCUUCACAGAAAAUUCCAUGAAAGAGUCCUCUGCUCCAGUGACUAGUGCUGUGAGUUCCCAAUGGACAGACCCCAUACACAAGCAAACACCGCCAUUACCCAACCCUGUCUAUAGUGCAGGUUUCACAGAGUGCAUCUCCCGCCUGGGCAACUACAUCGACAGCGUGGACCCAUCCCAGAGAGAGAGCUUUGUCCAGGGACUUAGGGACCACCUUGAUACCCACAGUGCCUGCCCUCUGGGGAAGGUGCAAAGCCAGACCUUCCCCCUGGACUUCCAGCCCUGGGGCCCUGCAGCAGAAAGACCAUGCUUCCUGGGCAGAGUAAAGAACAGGAAGGGGAGCACAGUGAUGGGGCAUCAACGAGCCAGCAGGGAGGCCACUUUCCCUUAUAUCAACACCUCUCUUCCCAUCUAUCCCAACACCUUUGUGCUUCACCACCCCCACCCCCACCCUACCCAACACCUCUCACACCCAUACCCAUCUCCCCCUUACUCCCUCUCACCCCCACCCUCCCCCUGUUACUCAAACUCCUCGCCACCUUUCACCACUACCCCUCCAUACCUCUCCAUGCCAUGCCACUUCCCCUUCCCUCCUUCCCCCUCUCGUCGUCCAUCAGAUUCCUUGUCAUCCCCCUCUCACUCUACAUCUCGGCCCGUGGUGCCUCUGGUACCAGCCCAUCCUCCCCUGGUGUCCAGUCCCCCCACCCUUCUAAGUCUCUCUGGCCCUGAGCCCGUAGGCCCAACACGGACUCUGAGGCGGUCACUAUUUCAGAUCCAGCCCCAGGUAGUAUGGAGGCCCUGGUCCUGA